AUGAGCCACAAGUACAUCUUCAAAUACAUUAUUAUUGGCGAUAUGGGUGUUGGCAAGAGUUCGCUCAUGCAGCGCUUCACCGAGCAGCGCUUCCGCCGGGAUCUCCCGCACACCAUCGGCGUCGAGUUCGGCACCGCCACCGUCGACCUCAACGGCGAGGCCGCCAAGCUGCAGAUUUGGGACACCGCCGGGCAGGAGCGGUUCCGCGCCGUCACGCGGGGAUAUUACCGCGGCGCCGCCGGGGCCCUUCUCGUCUACGACGUCGCGAGGCGCGCGAGUUUCACGCACAUCGCCGCGUGGCUGCAGGAUGCCCGCAGCAGCACCAACCCGCACACCGUGAUGGUCCUCGUCGGGAAUAAAUCCGACCUCGAGAACGAGCGCGAGGUGUCAUACGAGGAGGCAGCGAAACUCGCAGCGGAGGAGAAUAUGUUGUUUGUCGAGUGCAGUGCGUUGAGUGGGGAGAAUGUGCAGCAGGCAUUUCUGAAUACAGCACACAAAAUACAUGAGGCGGUGAUGUGCGGGAUAUUAAAUCCAGCAGAUCCGGAUAGUGGGGUGCAGCUGCAAACCGCCACGUUACCCGCCGCUGCGGCCGCCGCCUCCGCGAAGAAGGAUGAACCACGCAAGAGUAUCUGUCAGUGUUGA